UGUUCAGCCAAUGAGAGCUCGUGCUGUUUCCAGUGAAGGAAGGAGGAGGCGGAGGAAGGAAUGCUGCAGGAUGCUUAUUAUUAUGGCUGUCAAACCCAGUGGCGAUUAUGUUAGUUAAAAUUUUAUUUAUCACGUAAGUUUUACGAGGAUGAUGUGCACCAUGUCCGCUGCAGCUGUCGCGGUAUGGCUCGCUAUGGUGGUCACCAUCUUGUCGAGAUCUCACGCAGACCGUAAUGUCUACCCAUCUGCGGGAGUGCUGUUUGUCCAUGUUCUGGAGAGAGAGUACUUCAAGGGAGAGUUUCCUCCCUAUCCAAAAUCAGGUGAUGCCAGCAACGACCCGAUCACUUUCAGCACCAACCUGAUGGGCUACCCCGACAGGCCGGGCUGGCUGCGCUACAUCCAGAGGACUCCACACAGCGACGGAGUGCUCUAUGGCUCUCCCACUGCAGAGCAUGUUGGCAAGGCCACCGUCAUAGAGAUUACAGCCUAUAACAGACGCACUUUCGAGACGGCGCGGCACAACUUGGUCAUAAACAUCAUGGCCACAGAAGAGUUCCCUCUGCCCUACCAGGCAGAGUUUUACAUCAAAAACAUGAACGUGGAGGAGAUGCUGGCCAGUGAGGUGCUGGGGGACUUCCUGGGGGCAGUGAAGAACGUAUGGCAGCCUGAGCGCCUCAACGCUAUCAACAUCACUUCAGCACUGGACCGUGGUGGCCGUGUUCCCCUGCCAAUCAACAACCUCAAGGAAGGAGUGUAUGUGAUGGUUGGUGCUGAUGUUCCCUUCUCGUCGUGCCUGCGGGAGGUGGAAAACCCACAUAACCAGCUACGCUGCAGUCAGGAGAUGGAGCCUGUCAUCAGCUGUGACAAGAAGUUCAGAGCUCAGUUUCACAUUGAUUGGUGUAAGAUUUCUCUGGUUGACAUCAACAAAGUGGUCCCAGUAUACGUUACCCGUCCCGAGCCAGGCAAUGGGAUCCUGCCUGAAUUUGGCGAAUACGACCCUCCCUCCGAGUCCCUGAAGACUAGGGACUACUUUUCAGACUUCCUUAUCACACUGGCUGUUCCUUCUGCUGUGGCACUAGUUCUCUUCUUCAUCCUCGGCUACACUAUGUGCUGCCGACGGGAAGGGGUGGAAAAAAGAAACAUGCAAACACCAGACAUCCAGCUGGUUCACCACAGCUCCAUCCAGAAGUCCAGCAAGGAGCUGCGGAGCAUGUCUAAGAAUCGGGAGAUCUCAUGGCCCCUCUCCACCCUGCCCGUCUUCAACCCAGUCAGCGGCGAGGUGGUGCCACCCAUCCACCCUGACAACUAUGAGACCACCAGCAUGCCUCUCAUGCAGACACAGACAAAUCUGCAAAACCAGAUUACAAUACCACAGCAACGGCCAUCAGGAGAUAAUUAUGUCAUGUCAACAUUCAGAAGGUUGGAGGUAAAUGGUAUUCCUGAGGAGAGAAAGGUGGCUGAAGCACUGAAUUUGUGACCAGAGACAUCUGUGUUGGAGAUGACUUUGGUUCUUUUUUUGUUUUUUCUAACAUUUGUGCCAAUCUGCAUGCCUCAGAAGUGUCUUUACAAAGAUUUAUUGUCCAUAUACACUUAAACCUUAAAGAGUGAGAACGUGGAAGAACAAAAGAGCUUAGCUGAUUAUUAAAAUACAUUACAGUAUUUUGAAAUAUUUAUGUAAAUGUUCAAACUAUGAUGUUUGUAUUUUCACAGAGGACCUCCUAGGGGAAAAGGGAGUUUUACAUGGAAAUGCUUUAGUUGUCAUGCAUUAUUAAUUGUAUGUUAAUGCAUCACAUAAAAAAUUCUUUCAAAAUAA